AUGACGGGUCCAGACAGGGCUUCGCUCAAUCGCCGCUCCUCCACGCAGCAUUACCAGACCUUCGAUACUCCACCGCCCAAGUCGCGUGGGCGACCUAACUCGGGCCAGUCCGAGUCCUCUGCGGACGGCUCACACGAUCCCCAACAUGACACCGCUGAUCUCCCCGGAACGUCAUCACCGCUGCCGAAGAGGCAAAUGGCAGUGCUAGCGAUAAUUGCACUGGCGGAGCAAACGGCGUUGAACUCGAUCAGUCCAUACCUCCCGGACAUGGCAUCGACAUUCCCCGAAGUGGAACCGACCCAGGUGGGCGUAUACGUGGGCAGCAUUGCAUCGGCUUUCGCGCUGGCUCAAUUUAGCACAAACUAUUUCUGGGGCUGGCUAUCGGACCGUGUUGGUCGCAAGCCGGUGAUUCUGCUUGGCACCUUUCUGACUGCGCUGUGUUUCGUUGCAUUCGGAUUCUGCAAGACUCUUGUACAAGCUAUAGCUGUGCAGGCGUUGAUGGGUGUGGUAAAUGGAAACCAGGCUUUGGUGUCCACCUGCCUCGGAGAAAUCACCGACCGAAGCAACCAGUCCCAGGCUUUUACCUACCUGCCGGUGUUAUACGGAAUCGGAGGUAUAACGGGACCCCUCCUAGGAGGACUCCUUGUUUUCGAGACGAACCCUUUUACUGGCAACAAAAACCCGUAUCCCUAUCUCGCACCAAACAUAUUGUCCGCUGUUGUCCUUCUGGUGGACUUCGUUUUCACAGCUCUUUUCUUGGAAGAGAGCCUCGAAGACGCAGACAGCCUUCCAAAAAUUGGCAAAAAGGUGCGCAACUUGUUCACAUGGCUGUGGCAGUUCACCGGUAAUUCCCGCCACCCGACCUACGUGGAGGUCCCGCAAGCAGUGCUAUAUCCCCACAGCCGCUUCGAUUUAGAGACCGAGGAUCAUGACAGUGAUCUAGACUCUGCAUCUGAGGUGUCAAGCAUCCUUGGCCACCCCGAGGAACUCUCUUGGGAUGAGGUCUUCACUCGAGAUACACUCUUACUUCUUUUGACAUACCUGAUCUUUGCUUUAUGCAAUGUUUCUUUCAACUCGCUGUUCCCAAUCUUCGCGCAAGCUAAGCCCCCGGCCGGACGGUCACUCACCCCGUCCGAGAUUGGCCUUGCUCAAGGGUUUGCUGGAAUCGUGACGAUCAUUUUCCAAAUCUGUAUCUUCAACCGUCUGCGAGACAAGAUGGGUAAUCGAUGGUCUUACCGCGCAGGCCUAUUUGGCUUUGUCGUCUCAUUUAUCUUACUGCCCUUCAUUGGGUACAAGAGCAAGACUAGCAAGGGUAUGACUGGCAAGUCAGCCAUCAUGGCCAUCGAACUUUGCCUUGUGUUGCUGAUCAAGACCAUUGCCUCCGUGGGUGGUCUGACCAGUGCUCUGCUUCUGGUCACAAACUCAGCACCUAAUCAUGCCGUCCUCGGCGCUUUGAAUGGCCUUGCACAGACUCUCUCCGCAGCUGGACGUGCAGUGGGCCCAUUCCUCUCCGGAGGACUGUUUUCCCUCACAGCCAAGAUCCAGCCCAAAGGAGAGGCCGUGGCAUUCGGAGUGUUUGCUGCGGUCUCCUUUAUUGGCUUCAUUAUGAGCUUCGGCAUCCGCGGUCGCGCACUUGAAGCAGAGGGCUGGGGCGUGGACAGUGAUGAGGGAGACAAGUCGGAUGACGACGAGCCGAAUGAUGUUUGA